GGAGGACGGAUGGAAGCGGAUGGUAGGAUCGAGUCGUAUCAACAGGGUCUUAGAAGAGGUUACGGGAUUGGGAGGUCAAGGAAUGGGACCGUAAUCAGGGAGCAAGAUGUCAAAUAUCAUCAACACGAAUCGCAACGUCACCAGCGGCCACAUCUCGGAAACGUAAGUUUCAGAUUCCCCUGUGGCCUGGAGAUGGUGUUGCCAGAGCUCCACUGCCGGGCCUGAACUUGAUAUCGCCCGCUUGCAAAACGAAGUUCCUGGCCCUAACGCCCUGCGCUUCAUUCUCCCACAUCCCCACUGCCAGGCCUGAUCUGGACUGAUCUGGACCAACCAGGUGCAGCAAUCACAACGGCCCCGCGCUCCAUGUUGCCAGAACUUCAUUGCCGGGCGCAGUGGAGAGGACAGGAUUAAAAGCCCGCACGUCAUCGGCGUUGAGAUGGUAAUCGUCAAGGCUGCCGCACGGACACACACACACACCAUCUUCUGUCAAACUCGCUGUUGGGAUUCCUCCCGGAGUUCUGUUUUGGCCGCCGGCGCGGUGACGCUCGGCCCCGCAGCGCGCCUGCCUUGGGCACGAGGCAGGCUCCGCCCCAAACGGCCAAAGCCGUUUUGGCCGCGCGAUGUGCCGCACCUGCUCCCCUCCUUGCGGGCGGCCAGCACCACGACGGCCUCUGGACCCCCCACGACGCCGACCUGGACGAGGAGGAGGAGUGUAGAAGGGAAGAGGAGGAGGAGGAGGAGGAGGAGGAGGAGGAGGAGGAGGAGUUGCCUCAGCGUUUCCUGACGCCCACAGUCGGGUGGAACGCUCAAGCUCGGCAGGGGGGAUGGCGGAGGGCCUCCUCACGCCUCCGCGGCCGCCACCGAGACCCGUCGAUUGGGGUGCAAACCCCUCUGGAUCCGCGCAAGGUUCUCGCGGCCCUUCCGAGUCUCUCCCCCGCAAGCCCCUGAGAGGUUGCACGGGUUGAUGGUGGCGGUGCGCCCGCACCGAGCACAAAAGACCAAGCCGGGGCGGGACCACAGCUGCAAAGAAUGGGACUCGUGCAGCCUCUUUCAUCUCUACCCAACUCUCCCCGCCCGCCCCACGAAUGAUGACAGCAGGGUGCCUGUCGGGACGCCCUGCCAAGGCGAAUGAUGACAGCAGGGUGCCUGUCGGGACGCCCUGCCACCGCGUGGCAGGCGGUGGCGCGUUCGGCCUCAAGCGUGCUGGCAGCCACGAGCUUGUGGUACAGCGCGCAGGCCCACUGUCGCCCCGCCCGGACCAGAAGAGUGAGCGGAUGACGACGGAACCUUCUGGAGAGCGGGCUCGGGGGGAGGAGGAGGAGGAGGAGGAGGAGGAGGAGGAGGAGGAGUUUCCUCAGCGUUUCCUGACGCCCACAGUCGGGUGGAACGCUCAAGCUCGGCAGGGAAAAUGGCGGAGGGCCUCCUCACGCUUCCGCGGCCGCCGCCGAGACCCGUCGAUUGGGGUGCAAACCCCUCUGGAUCCGCGCAAGGUUCUCGCGGCCCUUCAGAGUCUCUCCCCCGCAAGCCCCUGAGAGGUUGCACGGGUUGAUGGUGGCGGUGCGCCCGCAUCGAGCACAAAAGAUCAAGCCAGGGCGGGGCCACAGCUGCAAAGAAUGGGACUCGUGCAGCCUCUUUCAUCUCUACCCAACUCUCCCCGCCCGCCCCACGAAUGAUGACAGCAGGGUGCCUGUCGGGACGCCCUGCCACCGCGUGGCAGGCGGUGGCGCGUUCGACCUCAAGCGUGCUGGCAGCCACGAGGAGAACGAGGAGGACGACAAGGAGAACGAGGACGACGACGACGACGACGAGGACGAGGAGGGAGAGGGCGGCCGGAGGCAGCUUCUGUGCCCCCCGGGGCCCCUCGGAGCCGCUGCGUGCAGCUCGGCCGACCGGCGCGGCGACGCCAUCAAACCGCCAGGCCGCUGGACUUCGUCGUCGUCGUCGAGUGAGACGAAGAGGAACGAGAGGAGAAAGAGGAAGAGCAGGACGUUAGGGCAUGUACCCAGACCGCUUUCGCCAGUGCGCAGCGUACAGCGAAGGGUUAAAAGCGAAACGAAUUCAACUGUUUAAAAUCUGCGUUUAAACAGUCGAUCCUCUCAGUGAGGCCGUCCUUUGCGGAUCCGACUGAAUAUACAGGUUAAAUUAGCCAUGCAAGCAACUGCUCAAUGUUUAUCCCAGCUGAUCCUCUCAGUGAGGCCGGACUUUGCGCCUCCAGCUGGUUUAAACACAAAAGUUGAACAGAUGUUUAGCUGCACGCUGCCAAGCUGCUGGGAGGAUGUGGAAAGGAGAGAAAACAGGUUACCUCGCAUGCGACAUCACCUACCGUUUAGCGCCUGGCCCGCGAGCGCGAACAUCUUGUCUACCUGUUUAGCGGCGGUCGCGGGCGCGUGAGCGCACUUCCAAGGCUUUCGCAAAUCAUAACUGUCACUGUAACGGCGCGGGCUGGAAAGCUGCAGUCCUACAAAAAAACACUCGUACAGAGGAGACACAAUGGCCAACCCAGAGGCAAAACGCGCAUAUAAUAUGUGAGCCACUGGCAGAGUAGCAGCUCAUGGCAGCAGCCUCGCAGUGCACCGUGCACCGCUAAGGUUGCACUUAGAAGAAAGGACGGGGCUGAGAGAAGACAUGGAACAGGAGGAACCCAGAAGCCUCCAUGUAGGCUCGACUGCCCGAGGCGCGAGCCUGGCACUGCAGUCGCUCCCGAUGGAGCACAGGCCCAAGAAGACACGAACGCAAAGCUAGGUAACUAUGGCUGCGGUGGCAGCCUGGUGCUCGAUAGAGCAGCAGCUUAAUUCAUAGUGCUCCGGAAGCCUCGGAAAAAUGGGACGCUGCACAAAGCGAAAUCACUUGUCACUGCAGGCGCAACAAGGAUCCGAGCACAGAGCAAGCUUCUCAAACGCAGAGGCGAAAACUUAAUGACCAUGCUGCGAAGGAGUGGUGCUGCAGCAUUUGCAGCCACCGUGCGGAGUAGGGGGGAUGUUAGAACUUGGAGGGGUACAGGAGAGAGGAGGAAGGAGCAUACGAAGCAACAGGAGGCAACAAUGGGGGGCCAGAAGAGGAGAAGAGGCCGGCUGACGCUGGGGAGCGGCUGGCGCUCCAAGCCAGAUCGCGUGCGCCGCCGAACCCCCCUCUGUCAGCGCGCCGCCGGCCUUUCGGGGGCACAGGUGUGGACCCCGAAAGUGACCCCCCAAGGAUCCUUUGGGGGAGGGCGGUCUCUCGGGGGCUUUGUUAUGGGUGGCGAGAACUUGCCAAUCCUGGAGCACCCGCGCCCAGUGCAAGUGAAACAAAUGUUGCGCGGACGAGCUCCGCAUCGCAUCGAAUCCUACCCCUGGGCCUGUCUAAGCAACGCACUGCUUCUUAGCACUUUGGCGCUCUAAGUGGGCGCAGCCCUUCAUGGAGGAGCACGAAGACAAGAAAAUGAGAUGAGGGGGAGAUAAGGGAAAACGCGGGGAGAGGUGUAAUAGUAAUUGCAGCAGUUGGCGCCUGGAUCAAAUAGUUUGCGCACUGGAUGCAAAACUUGCGCGUGGGUGAAAGUGCAUCUGAUUGUCGCACCUGCAAGGAAGCGCUGCCCGCUCGCAACUCUCGCGUGCAAAUCAUUGCAUGGAGCGGGCUGAGGCCGAGCUCGGGCGGGCGCCGUCCGGCUCUC